CUUUGGGACUACAUUCUUUUUUCUUUUUUUCUUUUUUUUUUCGAAAAGAGUGAUCUAUAUAAUGUCAGAGGACGAUGCACAAAAAUUGAUGAUCAAGACGAGUUUCAAGUCGAUCAAGACGAUCGAAUCCAUUUAUACCGGUGGCAAGGUGGAUUUGACUGCAGACGAAAAACUACUUGUAUCAACGUUGAAUGAAGACAUUAUUGUGACAGAAACAGAAACAGGACGUCAAGUACAUACUUUGGAAGGGGAUACUGAAAUGGUGACCAGUCUUGCUGUCAAACCCAAUGGACAACAUGUUGUUAGUGCCAGUCGUAGUUUGAGUCUUCGGGUAUGGGAUUUAGCCACAGGUACUUGUCUACGAACAAUGAACAAAGCUCACGAUGCACCAGUGAUUGUCAUGACCAUCGAUCCUACUUCCACCUUAGUCGCUACAGGAUCUGCUGACGCUUCUAUCAAGAUUUGGGAUAUUGAUAAAGGUUAUUGUACUCAUAACUUACGUGGCCAUGGUGGUGUCAUUAGUGCUGUCAAAUUCCAUAAAUUCAACAACAAAUGGUAUUUGGCUUCUGGUGCGGAUGAUUGUACGGUUCGUGUUUGGGAUUUACAAUCAAGACAAUGUAUUGCUGUUUUGAAAAGUCACGUCAGUGUUGUUCGUGGUCUUGAUUUCUCUUCGGAUGGUCGAACUCUUAUAUCUGGUUCUCGUGAUAAGGUGGUGAAUGUCUGGGAUUGGCAAACCAAGAAACUUAAAGCAACCUACCCUAUCUAUGAAACUUUAGAAACUGUGGGUUUUGUCGCUAAAGAUACUGAUUUUUCUGCUUACGGUGGCAAACCUUCGUCUGAUGUAUUCUAUACUGGUGGUGACAAGGGUGUGAUUCGAUUAUGGGAACUUGCUACUGGCAAAUUGGUCCAAGAACAAGCAACUGAAACAAAUAGUAAACAUACAAUUUCCGAUAUCAUAUAUUCUGCAGCCUCUCAAACUUUGAUUGCUGUUACAAACGAUCAAAACAUCUUGUUUUACUCUAUUCCUCAACAACUCAAACGUAUCAAACAAGUGGUGGGAUACAAUGAUGAAAUUGUGGAUAUUGUAUAUCUCGGUGAAAAUGAAACUCAUUUGGCGGCAGCAACUAAUAGUGAACAAUUACGUGUAUACGAUGUGGAAACACAAAACUGUGAUAUUGUUUAUGGACACAAGGAUAUGAUUCUUUGUUUAGAUCGAUCCAAAGAUGGUGAUGUACUAGUAACAGGCUCAAAGGAUAAAACAGCUCGUAUUUGGAAAAUCAAUUUAGAAGCCAAGGAAUCUUCUGAUAGGUAUACUUGUGUUGGUACUUGUAUUGGUCAUACUGAAUCCAUUGGUGCUAUUGCAUUUGCACGAAAAUCAAACAACUUUAUGAUCACAGGUGGACAAGAUCGUACCAUCAAAUACUGGAACUUACGAGAUAUUAAGUUUGACCAAACUGAUUCACAACAACAAGAACAACAACCUCACGCAUUAUAUACUCAUCAAGCUCACGAAAAGGAUAUCAACACAAUCAGUAUUGCACCUAAUGAUCGACUCUUUGCCACUGGUUCUCAAGACAAAUUGGCCAAGGUAUGGAACGUGGAUACUGGUGAUUUGAUCGGUACUUGUAAGGGACAUAAACGUGGUGUUUGGUGUGUACGAUUCUCCAACGUAGAACAAGUACUGGCUACCAGUUCUGGCGACAAGACCAUCAAGAUUUGGAGUUUGAAGGAAUUCACCUGUUUAAGGACAUUUGAAGGACAUAGCAACUCGGUAUUACGUGUAGAUUUCUUGACUGCUGGUUUACAAUUGGUCUCUGGUGGUUCUGAUGGGCUGGUCAAGUUAUGGACUAUCAAAACCAAUGAAUGUGUUGGUACUUUAGACAAUCAUACUGAAAAGGUUUGGGCGUUGGCAAUUCGAAAGGAUGAAAAAAUGAUCACUUCUGCUGGAGCCGAUUCCGUUAUCAAUUUUUGGGAAGAUGUUACUUUGGAAGAACAAGAAAAUGAAUUACGUGAAAAAGAAGAAUUUAUCAUCAAAGAACAAGAACUUCAAACUUAUAUGCGAAAAAAGGAUUAUCUGAAUGCAAUUCUUUUGGCCAUGUCUCUCAAUCAACCAUUCCGAUUAUUAGGAUUAUUCCGUGAGGUGAUGGAAUCAAGGUCAGAUGAAGAAAGUAUCACUGGAUCUCUAGCUGUAGACAAGAUAUUGGCAGAAAUGGGACCUGAUCAUUUAGAAAAGUUACUGAAAUAUAUACGAGAUUGGAACACCAACGCCAAACACUCCAAUGUUGCUCAAACUGUACUUUAUGCCAUUUUAUCCUCACAUAACUCUGAAGAACUCGUAGAACUUACCAAUGCCAAAGAGUUGAUUGAAGGCUUAUUACCUUAUACUGACCGACAUUACCAACGCAUUGACGAUCUCAUCACCCAAUCAUACAUCAUAGAUUAUACUUUACAAGCACAAGAAUAGCUUUUUUUUUUUUACUUACAUUUUUUUCCAAUUCCGCAUUCAAUUCCAUUUUUUUUUUUUAUUUACUGCACUCUGAAAUAAAAAAAACCUUCAUUGUUU